UGCGGUUCCCAGCAUUCCCGGCUGCGCCUGCGCAGUAGAGCUGUGUCCUGGUUGUCUUGUGUAACACUCUCCGCGCACAGUCCCGUCAUGUCCACUUUGGCCGCUGCGAGCUGUGAUUCGCCCCCUGCGAGUGCAGAGACGCAGGAGAAGAAGCCGUUAAAGCCGUGCUGUGCCUGUCCGGAGACCAAGAAAGUGCGGGACGCCUGCAUCAUCGAGAAGGGAGAGGAGCACUGCCAGGAUCUGAUCGAGGCCCACAAAGAGUGCAUGAGGGCCCUCGGCUUCAGAGUGUGACCCCGUCUGGGAGGUCUGGAGUGUAUGGGUGUGUUGUGUGUGCUGCUUGGAGACCUUAACUUAUUUCUUGGUGUGAGGCUGUCGCUGGAGACCCCGGAGGAGGAAGAGGGAUGCGGAUUUCGGGGACACGUUGAUCAGAUCUUCCUGCUGGUUUAAUCAUUAAAGUUUAUUUUUGGAAUCUAAUAAAAAUGCUGUGAGACUCUC